CUGGUAUUCCCCGAUAUACGCCAUACUCGAUAUAUGCGAUUUCGCUAUACGCGAUUUUUUCGAAAUUGACAUUUAACUUCGUUAACAAAGAAGCAAAUUAAAAAAAAAAAACUUCAAAGCCUGUCGUAACGAGUUUCUAUCUAGCAGUAACAACAACUUAACAGUAAUAUGGAUAAAACAUUAUCGGAAAUAUAACCAAUGGACGAAGAUGAAGAAAUGUUCAGUAAUGUAAGUUGGAAAAUCCGCAAAAAGAUGGUGAUAUACAAAGAAAUCUAUCAUCAAACCAAGAAUUCGAUAUACGCUAAUAUUCGAGUUACGCGAUUGCCUCCGGUCCGCAUUGAUAGCGUAUAUCGGGGAAUACCUGUACUUGAAUGACACUCAACUGAUCUAAUUUUUGAAUUUGUAUUUGUUUACCUUGUCAUUGCCAUUACAAAAAACUGUCAUGGCAUCAAGUCGCACUUCGAAUUGUGAUUUUUCGCUGAAAAUACAAGUAUAGCGACUUUUCGGAAUUUUCUUUUCUAUGGAGUUUCGCAAAAAAUUUCUGAAUCGCGAUCCCAAACGCAACAAUAUACACAACAAAUACAAACAACAUAUACACAAAAGAAAUACAAAGUAGUAUAAAAAAUAAAACUAACUUAUAUAACUUAAAAAACACACAAAAGAAGUUAAAAAUCGAACAGUUUUCAACUUAAUAAUAGAAUAAUUGCAUGUCCAAGAGUUCAGAUGAGGUUGCUUUCCAAUGCCGAACAAAAAAGAAGCUCACUGAGUCACGUUAGUCAUGUUCAUGAAGCAUGCAUUAAAUUUACAUUACGCAGCCAACAAACAGUGAGUAGUACAGUGAGUACUUCAAAUUACAUUUUAAUUCACAUUCUAAGCAUUAAUGUGAAUCCAAAUCUGACGGAUUUUGUCAGUUACUGUUGAGCAUUGGCAUGCAGACUAUCUUAAGAAUGGGACCUAAAAGUUAUCAAACAAUUUUCUUUAUCAAGUACUGAGUUUUGCUAAUAUUUUCUUCUUACGUGCACAUAACAUAGGAUAUUUUCUAAAUUUGUUUUUUUUUCCAGCAUUAUGCUGGUGAAACUAUUGCUGAGUGAAGUGCAAUCCUGUCAACUAACGUGUAAAUACUUACCACAAGUUUGUGUCCUUAAGGAUUGGGAUCCAGCUGUUGAUGGGUUUGAGGUGUUGGGCCGUGUACCGAGGGUAAUACGAACGCUUAGAAUUAAAAAUCUACUAAGCGCUUCGAUUGACGACAACUUCAUCCUCACCGUUGGUCGUUCGCUCAAAGGCAUUAUAGUAGAACAAUCCAGCAAAGUUCAAUCACUGACGGUACCGCACAACUCCACCAUGGAAAACAUCAUGAUACAAGCUUCACAGCUGAGCAGCAUGUAUUUUGAAGAAAAUAACGCACUUAAAUUUCUAACCAUCGUCAAUAGUCCUUUGGAACAAAUUUCACGCUCGGUGAAAAACUUAACCAACUUAAACGUUCUCAACAUACGUGGCACUAAUUUAGAUGUUAUCGAUAUGAGUUUGUUUUACCCAAUGAAGCUAUUGACCGAAUUGUGGCUUACUUCAAACAAACUCCACCUAGCAAGUAUCCCUAUUCUUCCUUCCAAUAGCUCAGGCAUUAGACACAUUAAAUUACAGCACAAUCCAUUAGAAACGAUUCACUUCGGUCUGUUCCUACCGUUUCCAAUGUUGCAAGUGUUUGAUGUUUCGUGCAACAUGCUUACCACAGUAAUGGGAACGUUUUCAAACCCUUUGCUUAAAGGUUUGAAUUUGAGUUCUAACAAUUUAACAGCCGUCACGUUUUGUGAAUGGGAGCAAUUGGUCAAGUUCGAUUGGUUACAUGUUAGCCGUAAUCGGUUGAAGCAUGUUCCAAGCUGUCUCACUACAUUUCCUAACGUGACGAUGCUUAACCUGAGUUACAAUAGAAUAAGCCAUGUCGCAAUGCAAGAUUUUGUUGGAUUAAAUAAUCUAAUAGAUCUUGACCUGGGAGGUAAUAAAAUACUGUCGUUCCAGUUCGGUUAUGAGAUAAUUCUACCGAAGUUCAAAAACUUACGCUUGUACAAUAGCUGUAUUUGCACACUGAACGCAUCGGAUGUCAACGUGGAAAGGAUGCCAAAUCUAAAAGUUUGGUUUGUCGUAUUUGAGCAUUAUAAUUGUACCGUUUGUUAGCUAUCCAUCGGGUAACAUGAUAAAUACCUGUUAAACAAUAAAUAUAACCAUGCAACAUUAUACUCGACUAUUCAUCGAUGAUGUUAAAUAUUAUUGUGUCUUUCGUAUGCCAGCUUUUCAUCUAUAUAUAUAAAAUAAAUAAAUCAACAUAGGUACACAUGACGAUUUAUUUGUGCAAUUUUAUUCAUUAAAGCGUAAAAUAAGUGAUAAAUAAGUAAAAAGCAAGUGUGUGAAUUAAAAAAUGCUAUUUAGUGAUUUGCGGCUCGGUGGUACAUGUGGAAUCGGCGCCUUACACGGAAGUACCUGGUAUUAAAUCAAAAUCGUCAACGAAAACCAUAAAUGCCUCCUGAAGUAGCAGAAAAGAAGAAGAGCCACAAAAAAUAAGAAAAAUUGCUUUGAUUGGGAAUAUCAUUUGGAUUGAGAAUGGCAAUAAUUUAAGAAUUUUCUAAUAAUCAAC